CUUCACUCGGCCACAUCAGUAGAAUAGAAUGCUAGAUGAUGUCUAUCACCAAGUGGCCAUAACUAAAUGGGCCGAAACAUGCGAAUAGAAUAAAAUCAAACCCAACAUCAUUAUAUUUACAAAUUUUGCCGACUACAAAGAAAGUCCUUUUCUUGUAUAUCCAUCCAUUCCCUAAGUUCCGGCAAAAAACAAAAAAUCAGCCCUAAUAGGUAUUUGAAACGAUUCUCCGGAUAUUUUGCUGUCUACAUCACGACGACCCCUAAAUGGAAUCAAAAUCUACCUCCGGUGUUGUCCGUCGCAAGCCACCGUCGUUCAGAUUUUAUCCAUACACUUCAGGGAGCGCCUCUGGAAAGAAGGACAUGAAAGAUGAGGUUAUAAGAUUAGGAGUUGAGUUCUCUGUCUCUGUAGCUGAAUCGAUGUUCCUGUUGUGUGAUGAUAUACGUACUAUGUUGUUCAUCUCCUUGACGUUGUGGAAAUAUGUACUACCAGAAGGGAAUCCUGUGGUAGAAAGGUUGUUUCUCCUUAUUCAUUACAUCUACUCAAAAGAUAUCAAACCGAAAAAUGGAGUAUUAUAUCAGAACGGUGAAGGAAAGUCAGCACAAUGGAAUCUUAUCAAGACAACGUGGAAUGAUUUCGUUUGCGGUAUCAUAGUUUUGAAUCGCCUUGUUUUGGUUCUCAGAGUAAAAGAUUGCUCUUAUGAUGAUAGGCUACUAUUGUCAGCUAUUGCAAAAUACAAGCAAGAGCUGAAGAAUCUAGAGGGUAAAUUGAGGUCUGCUAAAGAUGUUUCAGAGGCCAAUGGGUUUGCCAGGGAGACAAUAAAGUCUAACAUUUUUCCCUUUUGGAAGUCUCUCUUUGAUGAACAAGGUAAAGAAGAAAUACCAAGAGAGAUAAAAAAAUAGGAUGCUUAGGGAAUUGUUUAAGCCUCUUGAUGGUGAGACUAGGGAUAUAGAGAUAAAGUCACUACCUUUACAUUCUCCUUACAUUUUAGGAAGAAAUUUUGCAAAGCAGGAGCUCAAAGACGAGGUUGUGCGACUAGGAGUUGAGCUUUCAUUAUAUAUAGCUCAAGCGAUGUUUUUGUUAUGUGAUGACAUUCGUAGUAUGUUAUGGCUUUGCUAUAAGUUAUGGAGAGAUGCGGGACGAAGGUACAUUUAUCCUAAUAGUCUCGUGCUGGAAAGAGUGCUUCGUGUCAUUCAUUAUGUCUACUUCAAAUAUAUCGAACCGAAGAAUGGAGUAUAUCGUAAUGGUGGCUUGUCGGUCCAAAUCAGACUUGCUAUACCAACAUGGGAGAAUUUUGAUGAUGUGAUCUUAUCUCUGAAUGUCCUUGUACUGGUUCUCAGACAAGAAGGAAGAUGUGCAUCUGGCCGAAACUUUAUGUCUAGUAUGGAAGAACAACUGAAGAAGGUAGAAGAGAAGUUGAGGUGUGGGAAGGUUGUUUCAGAGGCGAAUGGGUUUAGAAGGGAAGUGAUAGAGCCUAGCUUUUUCGGCUUGUGGAAGUCUCUAUUUAAUAAAGAAGCUAAUAAUGAAGCAACGCAGACUCUGAAAGUGAUAAAGAAUAGAAUUCUUAGCGACCUUUUUCUACCUCUACAUAACGAAGUAGCACCACCACCGUAGCUGCUACUAGGUUACUGUUGCCUCUAUCGAACUAGAAUAAAGACGGGAUAGUUGGUUAUCUUUGAUUGGUAAUUGUCUCGAAUUUGGUCUCUUUAGUUUGUUUGAUGAUAUAAUACAAGUGGUGUUGUAAUA